AGCGGUCAGCUGAGCGGCGCUGGGCGGGGUCGCGAGGCCGCAAGUCAGCCAGAGGCUCCCCGAGUCCGCGCCGCUGCCUCCGGCUGGUGCCCUGGUCGGCGCCCGCAUCCGGGUCCGGAGCCCUCCCCCAGCGGGCACGAUGCGGAGGAAGCAGUGAUCCCGAGAGCGGCCGGAGCGCGGGCGCGGGGUCCUGCUGCCAUGUCCCACCAACCUCUUAGCUGCCUGACUGAAAAGGGGGACAGCCCCAACGAAACCACAGGAAAUGGACCCCCCAACCUGGCUCACCCAAACCUGGACACAUUCACUCCAGAGGAGCUGCUGCAGCAGAUGAAGGAGCUCCUGAUUGAGAACCAUCAGCUCAAAGAAGCCAUGAAGCUAAAUAAUCAGGCGAUGAAAGGGCGAUUUGAAGAGCUUUCAGCCUGGACAGAGAAACAGAAGGAAGAACGCCUUUUUUUUGAGAUACAGAGCAAAGAAGCCAAGGAGCGCCUCAUGGCUUUGAGUCAUGAAAAUGAAAAAUUGAAGGAAGAACUUGAAAAACUAAAAGGGAAGACAGAAAAGUCCCUUGAGGUGAGCAGACUGAUCAGCUGCGAUUUUAUUUUAUUAAUGUUUAGAGUGGAAUCUUCCUUGUCUAGACUUCUAGGUCAAAACCUUUCACGGUUCUGGCUAGAUGAGUAUUUUGCAUCAUUUUGAAAGAACUGUUCUUGCUGAGGAGAUUGGUUGCAAUUUCAAGGGUCAUGUAGAGUCUUUGUUGGGGGAAGGAAAUUUGUACAGUUUUGACCAUAUUGAUUAUAGUCAAAAGAAGGUUGCAGUUAUAAAUCUGUAUUUUGUAUUAUAGAUGGUGCAGGAGAACCUCUGCCUAGAACCAUCCAAGUGUUAGUUUUUAGUUUAUGUCUUUGAUAUAAAAUUACAUUUAAAAAUCUAAUACUGGGGCACCUGGGUGGCUC